AUACCAAAAUGUUUGGAGGGCAUUGCUGACCCAUAGCUCUCCACAAGUCCUGGGCCUACAUAUGUAUUGCAUUCGCUUGCACCAGAUCCUUAAAACCUCUUCUCCAGCUCACUCCAAUUCAGUCUGGAAACCUGCGAAAUGGGAGACCAUCACUCCGACGCCAGCACAACCGUCGCUAGAUCUGGAAAGAUACCCGUGAUUGCAUUUUACAACACCAGUUCAGGCUCUCAGCGUGCGGAGUCGUUCUCACGUCUGCAAAACCCGGUCGAGCUAUCAGAUGACCUUCAACUCUGGUGCUAUGAUCUGAGGGACAAGGAGCGAUUUGUUAAAGGGGUCAGCCACGUGCAGCAAGUGGUCGAGGUUGCGCAAGAGCCUCGGCAUGGGAGUGAGCAGCAGGGAAGGCCGAAGUGUAUUGUGCUGAGUUGCGGAGGGGAUGGUACGAUCCCGGCCGUAGUAGCCGCUCUGCACGCCCGAUCCGUCCCCGUCUUCAACAACUCUCAAGUCGUCUUCGGCGUUCUUCCUUUCGGAACGGCGAACAUCUUGUCCCGCUUCUUAGGCUGGGGAACGACAAUGGACAAAACUUUCGCGGAUGAUCUGGCAGGGCUUAUUGGGAGACUGGCGAGCGCGCCGGUAGCGAUGGUAGAUGUGAUGGAGGUCACGGUCGUUGGCGCGCGGGAUCCGGAGUUCAGCGACAAAGGAAGAAAAGAGAAAGGAUCCCAAAAGAAGGAUCAUGACAAGUCCCGAAGUAGUGGGGAGGAGCAGGAUGAUGUUGAGGAGAAACGGUUCAUGAUGCUGCAGGCCUGCAUUGGCUUUGAAGCGCGGUUGGCGAGGUUUGUUGAGAAGCAUAGGACGAGCAAUCGGCUAUGUAAUAUGUUCGUCUCGAGUAUGAACGUCAUCCGGCAACUCAUUGUUCCUCACCCACACAUCGAACGAGUCAUCAAGUCGAUUCAGUCUCCAUCCCCCGGCUGGCGACCACACAUAAUCGCCUCCCACCCCUGCGUGCAGCUCAACAUCCAGAACAUCCCCGCGGCGGCCAACAAAGACCAUUCCCUCUGGAACUCGAACUCCAGCGAGGACAUUGACGAGAACAAGGAGAACGAUAACCUGUGCCCGCAGAAAGUUGACGAUGGGCAGUGCGAGGUGUUCGUUUACCCUUGCAAGCAUCGGUACUUGUUGAAUAACUUGCACGCCGCUUUGGGAGUCAGCAGUGAUGUCGACGCCCUUGGGCAGGUGAAGCUGCCGAUCAACGUCGAGUUUGAUACGAGCAAGAAGCUAUUGAGCGAAACCUACAUUUUCAUCGAUGGCGAACACAUCCCUCUGAAACGACCACGGUCCCUCUCGGUUCGCUCGCCCGGUCGUGUAGCUUUUGCUAUCCACCCAGAUAACGUUGACAAGAUCAAGGAUUUCAUAUCUGCGCGGGAUAAUCUGAGGGAUAGCGCUAUUUCACUUGUCUGAAAAAACUCAUGUCCGGACCCGUGUAUACCCACGUCUUGCAGCAUCGGGUCGGGAUUGCAAUCUUUCUUCUAGCGUGCAUAGCGCUGAUAUCAUGAGUAUCCAUUCAUUGUGACAUCGACUCGCAGAGAUCGCUGGCAUGUCUCAUA